AUGUCAAAGAAACUCCGAAAAUCUAUCCAAGAGUGCCUCUAUAAGAUCAAAAACCCUAUCCAAAAUGUCCAUUUUUAUCCUGAUUCAAAGAAACGGGUUUUAAGAGGCUGCAAACGACCUAGAACGCUGUCCUUUGCCAUUGCUCGUAAGCAAAAUGAGAUUCAUAAUGAAGAAGGAGAGAUCAAUAAGGGCGUCUCAGCAACACUCUCUGAUGUCGAUCGCUUCCUUUCCGAGAAUUUUAGCUCACUUUAUAUCAGUGAUGACUAUGGAAAUUAUCAAAAGGGAAGUGACCAUAGAUCUAGAGGAGCUGAUCAAACUCGAAGCUCUCAAGAGAUUUUAAUUGAUUCACCUAGGUUCCUUGAUCCACCACUGGACCUUUGCAGCUCCCAUCGAUUCUUUGUGACGCCGGGACCAUCCAGUUCACUUGUAGAGGAGGCACGAUCCAGCUUAACAGCCACCUCCAGGAACAUGGGUUCAACCUCAACGUCAAUGUCAACCUGCUACAACAACCUCAAUGAAGCCUCUGCCACAGUUGCUUCUAAUGAUAUAAAGCAGGUUAGGCUACCAGAUGACUGCAUCGCAGCAGCGCUAACCGACUCUCCGAGUCCCUACGAUGAUUUUCGAGAGUCCAUGCAAGAAAUGGUGGAAGAGAAAUUGCAGAAUAAUGGGAAGGUUGAAUGGGAUUUCAUGGAAGAACUUUUGUUUUGUUACUUGAAUGUGAACGAGAAAACGUCACACAAGUUCAUACUCAAUGCUUACGUAGAUCUCAUUGUUGGUUUGCGCAAAAAUCUAGAUACAGGUCACGGAAUUCUCCAAUUUCAGGAUCAGGAAGGAAGAAAUUGGAUAACAUAA